GCGAUAUUGCCAUAUUGCUCAUUGCUCAUGUAUUGCUUGCUUGGGCUGUGGCGUGUGUAUUUUGCGCGCGCGUUCUUCGGUGGAGUGUGGCGUGGCGGCGGAUUCUAUGGGAGCAUGCUUGACAUGUGGAAACCUUCUACAAGAACUGCUUCUUGCUAAAUGUUUUACGGUGCCGAUAACAAGCAGCCCUCAGCCAAGAUGAGCUCUUUGGAGAAUGUGCAGUCACUACAGAACAAACUUCUCAUGCUCAACCUUUUGACGGCAUCUCAACUGAGCAAGAGCCUCAGCGCUUUCACUAGCCAACUAGACCCUCAAAAUGUUGUGCGGUUCUUCAAAUGCAUGGAAAGCUCUUGUGACUUUUGCACUGAUGAAGAAGACAAGUUCAAGGACCAUUUGCGUGCUCAUGUGGACCCUCCUCACUGUACCUACUGUAAUGAGCUUGCUGCAAAUGAGCGACGCCUGGUUGAGCACAUGUUAGCAGAACAUGGUUCUUGCAGAUUCCAAUGCGCAUUGUGCUUUUACAGGUCACAGACGGUGACUCACAUGCGGGUCCAUGGCAUAAUGGUGCACAACUCAAAGGCUGUGUUCUGGUACGCAUGCAGUGAAAAGGUGCCACUAAGCCCUAAGUUUGUCAGCCAUAGAAAAGACCACAUUAGUGGCUACAUGUGCAAGGACUGCAGCUUCAAGAGCCACUGCACAGAACACUUCUUUGAGCAUCUUUCAGUCAUUCAUUCAGGACCUUUUACAGUUCCUUGUCACAUCUGUUCUGCACAGUUGGGUGGUCCAAACUCUCUUAUUGACCACUAUACAGAAAUGCACAAUGUACGUGCAUUUCACUGCCUGUAUUGUGACUUUGGGAGCCAGUUCGACUGGGAUGUGAUCGUACACAUGGCCACGUGCCAUCCAGCGAGGCCUUUCAAGAUUUUCUGCCGUGGAAAGGAAAUGCCAUCGUCCUUCAGAACGCUGAAAGACUUAGAAAGGUCAAAUGUAAAAGACGGUAUCCCUGCCAGUUUCAGUAGUUUUUCCCAACGUCACAAUCUCAAAGAUAAAUGGCAAGAAGGGGAUGAAGGCAAGAAAUACAGUCUUGACUUGAAUGUUAAUGUGAAAGUACCACUUAAAAAUGAGCUAGAAAAAUGCAGCAACUCUGAAAAAAGUGUGUUUGCAGCUGGAUUUGCUAUGUCGGAAACGAAAUGUAAAUGUGGUGCCAUCUUCACUGAUGUUGGCAUGCUUUUUCAGCACCUUACUGAGGAACAUACAAAGGAACAUUGCUUUGACUGUCCCAAGUGCAUGCAGCUCACAAGUGCAACUGUGGGUGAUUUAUUUGCCCACAUUGUCGACUGCCACACUGCCUUUUUUCGUUGCUGUUACAAGAAAUGUAUCUUUAUUGGUGAGAGCCGGCAAAGUGUUGACGAUCAUGUAAUGCAAGCACACCAGCACUUUGAUUUGCCCAAAGAGGAUGCCACAGAGGAUGAUCACAAUGUAACUUUUGUGAACACUGAAAGUGGCACACCGCAUCCUGGUAACCUUAGCAAAGUGGACAAUGUGGCCACCUCUGCUGAUGAGUCUUGUGAAAAGAAUGACGAUUGGCCCCUUCUUGAGGAUGGCAUUGUUUAUACUUGCACCCUCUGUUGCCAGAAUGAAAUGCAACCGUUGGACUAUUUCCGACACAUGUCGCUGGGUCAUGGCAUAAAGUUCUUUUGUGGUCACUGCAAGAAGGGCUACAAACUGUGGAAGCAGAUGAUGAUGCACCACAGCCGCUGCCACUCUGAGUCGCAGCUUUCAGUGAAGAGCUUUGAAAAAAACAAGCUGAAAGAUGUGACUUCAGAAUUGCAGUCAGACUGCAAUAAUGAAGGGCAGAGUGGAGUAGACAGCAAGUUGGGAAAAAGCCAGGGUGUUGAACUAAAGGAUGCCGGAAAUUCAGCAAGAGGCACACUGGCCACGAAGACCUCUAAAGAAGGCUUCGGAGGGACGGUGGCACGGUCUGCAACAAGAAUUGAUACUGGCAAUCUUGUGUCUUCUCUGUCGACGGCAUUGCAUUAUUCCCGUACUCACAAAAGUUCCCCGCCGCCAUCAUCGAAGGAGUCGAAGCGGGUUACUGAUAAGUUCGGAAAUCUGCAGCCCACUCCUUUGGGGAAGAAACACGCCACCUGUAGUCUGCAAAAGAAGUGUCAGCCAGGUUACAUAAGUGCAGCUAGUCAACGAAAAGAUGAGUGUAGUCAUGCAGGGCCUGGAAGCAGCAGAAGAGUCCCUGAAUCUCCACCUUCAAGUGGAACAAGUGUUCCACAAACGGAUGCCGGAAAGUCGCCUCUCAAUUCAUCUGUCCACCACAAAAAGGGCCUACCAAAGGAAAAUGAAGGAAAGGCUCAGCAAACCAGGAACGACAGCAAGCCAUCCUUCUUUUGUGGCCAUUGCUUUAAAGGUUACAGAUUGUUGAAGCCUCUUAUAACUCACCAAAGAACUGUUCAUCGUGAACUGCCAUUUGCCGUUAGGAAGUUGCAUAUGGAGAAGCUAGAAGACAUUACAAAUGAUGAUGCAGUCAAGAAGUAUGAACGCAUGGGCACUGCAAAAAGUGCACAGCCUGAUGACUGUGAUCCUGUUGGGGAGGAGGAAACUAGAGAAGUGUCUCGUAUUGAUGAUAUUGACAGUGCCGACUUUGAGCAGAGCAAUAGUGAAAGUGAAAAAGCUCUCAAGGUAAAACACAAAUGGCGGCGCAUUAAAUUAAUAUGCAGUGAUUCUGAGGAUGACGAGGCCACCAAUGCCUCCAAGCCUAGCAGUCAUGACGAAGGGUUUUCAUACUAUGGGAAACCAGUGGAACCUAUUGACGUCAAUAACAUUUAUGUCCGGUUCUAUGAGGGUGACUUUCGCAUUGUGUUCUGCCAGUUAGCAAAAAUCGUCAAUGUUUCUCCUAUUGUACUAGUGCGCAAGGAAAUCGUGAUGUAAAUUUAACCAGUGACCGGCUGAGCCACAUUCUGUGAAGUAACACGUAUCUCAUGCUGGUUCUUGAAUACACAUAAUCUAUUCAACAUUUAAACUCGUUAAAUUCAUUAAUGUUCUAACCGAACAAGUACUGUACCUGAGCCCAGUAAGAUGUGCAUAAAUUGCUGCUCCUGUUGUGUUAAGUACUUUCUGUUGUUGUGUUGCUUACAUGCUGUCAGCAUGCCAGUGCAAUUUUAAAAGAAAUCAGUGAGUUUGAACAUCACUUCCAAUUUCAUGACACAUUAGUUUUUGUGUAUGUGCUAAAAAAAUAACUAGAUGUACCCAUUUGUAUCUUUGAAUGUCCCCUUCUAAAUUUGUGCCAGUCACUUUGGGAAAUAAUAAAAACCAUACUUUGAUUACAGUGCAAUGUCUGCAAGCUUUUAUAUAUAUAUAUUAAAUGUGUUGCCUUUGUUACUGCCUAAAUUAUUUUGCUUUGACGUAUAUUUAGGUACAUUACAUUACUGGAAAAGUGUGCACCUCAAUUACCCUUUGAAUGCAGUAACCCAUUCCUACAAGUUCCUAUGAGACAGAGGUCCUGAGCUUUAUGCUGCAAACUGGGUGGC